AUGAUCUCUUUCAAAUCAGUAUCUAGUUCUUCUCUCAUAGGAGUAGCUAUAGCAUGUUCAGGCAACGUUCUCAUUUCUCUAGCUCUAACAGUACAGAAGCUAGCACAUAGAAGACAACAUGAAGAACUCAUCUCACGUUCCACAACUCAUUCUGGGACUUGUUCCCACACCCUAAGUAAUUCUGGAUCAUCGGAAACUUCAUCUGAAUCGGAUGGAAGGGAUACAUCAGACCCUUGUUCUCCUUCUCCAAUACGAACCGAGAUCACUGCUUUACCUGUGCUUUUGAUGUCAUCGCAAGAACCAAAAGGUCAGACGGGACCACCCGCUAAAUCUAUCUUACUCGCUCCUGGGCCUCCGUCGCACCCUCAAGACUUUUCAGUGGAUUCACAAUCUGCCCAGAAGAUAUCAAGGGAGGACACCGUUCAAUCAUCUUUGACGGACGAAAGACCUCAAGCACAAGCACAUAGAACAAGAAUACAUAUAAAAAGUCCUACUCCUGGACCAGACGACGAUGAAGGAAACGGAGAAAACGAAGGCAAUAUGGAACAGGAUGAACAGAGGGAUGAAGAGCAGGAAGAACAAGUGGAAGAAGGAAUGUAUCUUCGAAGUAAACUUUGGUGGUUGGGUAUGAUACUUAUCACCAUUGGAGAAGGAGGUAAUUUCUUGAGUUAUGGUUUUGCACCUGCUAGUGUUGUAGCUCCGUUGGGUACUGUUGCCUUGAUAGCUAAUUGUAUCUUCGCACCAUUAUUGCUCAAAGAAAAAUUCCACCCCCGUGAAUUAAUCGGCAUGGGUUUAGCCAUCCUUGGCGCAGUCACCGUCGUUUGGUCAUCUAGUACUACCAACCCCCGAUUAAACCCUGAUCAACUCAAAACAGCCAUCUCUCAACCAAUCUUCAUCAUCUAUACAAUCCUCUGUUCUCUCUUCGUUUUCAUCCUCAUCAUCCUAUCCCGUUCCCCACGAUGGGGAGGGAAAUUGAUAGGUAUCGACGUUGGUAUAUGUGCGUUAUUCGGAGGAUAUACGGUACUUUCUACUAAAGCACUUUCUUCUUUACUCAGUACAAUGUUUCUUUCUGCUUUGGAAUACCCGAUUACUUGGGUUUUGAUCGGGGUGUUGGUAGGUACUAGUGUGAUGCAGAUUAAGUAUCUCAACAAAGCUUUGAUGAGGUUUGAAAGUAAGGAAGUUAUACCUACUCAAUUCGUGUUUUUCAGUUUGGCAGCUAUUAUUGGAUCAGCAGUUUUAUAUCAAGAAUUCAGAGGUUUACCAUUAUCUCGUUUUGUUAAUUUUGCAUUUGGCAUCGGCACCACUUUUCUAGGUGUAUAUCUCCUCACUACAGUCCCUACCUCUCAACAACUUUCACAACUUUCCUCUCCUCCCUCUCCUCCUUCUCAACUUAACCCCAUAGAAAACCUUUCUUCCCCCACAUCUCAUCCUUUACUAUUACCGAACGAAAGAACUCCUCUAUUACCAUCUUCUUCCACCACCGCCGAUUAUAUUCCCCCAAUAUCCCCCCGUAGUCCCAUACCGACUCUUCCUACAUUACCAAACAUCACACCUGUUGGUACGACAGGUAGAAUCAGACUUCUUUCUCGCGCGUCCAAUAGAGACUUUGCUCCUUUGGGUCUGAAUAGUCAAGCGGGGUUUUUGUUAUUGGCUACCACUCCGCCUACACCAGGUAUGAGAGCGAGAAGUAUGAGUAGGGGAAAGAGGGAUGAAGAGUAUGUUUUCCCUGUGAGUGAAAUGAGAAGAGGAAGUGUAGGUAGGACAGGAUUGGGUUUGUGA